UAAUCAAUCACACACACUUCUUAUAUUCUUCACUACAAUAAUACUUGUAGCUCAAUUAAUAUUAUGGGGUUUCUUCUUCAUCCUCAUACUUCAAUUUUUAUUGUUUAGUUUCCAAACAAAGCUAUGGCGUCCUCCACAAGUACUGCUUCACCUGUCUUUGCUCUCUCCUCCUCCUUCCAACUGAAGCCAAGCAACAGCAGAAACAACAACCUACCCUCCACUUUCUUUCCUUCUUCUCCUUUUAUUUCCAGAAAAUCAUCAUGUCGAGCGAUGGCAACAGUUAUCAAGGAAAAUGAAGAUCAAAAAGUGGUUGCGGAGGAAUCAUUCCCUCCUAAGGCUUUUCCUGUUCAGGACGGUGAAGGAGGCAGUAACCAAGGACCACAAAAUUCAUCAUCCGAUAAUGAUUCUGAUAAAUGGAUCAUUAAGUUUGAACAAUCUGUUAAUAUUUUUCUCACGGAUUCGGUAAUAAGAAUUCUCGACUCCUUCUACCAUGAUAGACACUACGCAAGGUUCUUUGUCUUAGAAACUAUUGCCAGGGUUCCCUAUUUUGCGUUUCUGUCAGUUCUACAUUUAUAUGAAAGUUUUGGGUGGUGGAGAAGAGCUGAUUAUCUAAAAGUUCACUUUGCUGAGAGCUGGAAUGAGAUGCAUCACUUGUUGAUCAUGGAGGAACUCGGGGGUAAUGAUGGGUGGUUCGACCGUUUUCUUGCACAACAUAUCGCUGUUGCUUAUUACUUCAUGACAGUAUUUAUGUACAUGAUUAGCCCAAGAAUGGCAUAUCAUCUUUCUGAAUGUGUUGAAAGCCAUGCAUUUUCAACUUAUGAUAAGUUUCUGAAGGCCCAAGGAGAUGAGUUGAAAAAAUUGCCUGCACCUGAGGUUGCUGUGAAAUAUUACACUGAAGGAGACUUGUACUUAUUUGAUGAAUUUCAAACUUCCAGACCUCCGAAAUCACGAAGACCAAAGAUAGAGAACUUGUACGACGUGUUUGUUAACAUCAGAGACGACGAAGGCGAGCAUUGCAAGACAAUGAAAGCUUGUCAAUCGCACGGGAAUCUCCAGUCGCCACAUUCUUAUUCAGAUAGCUUAGGUGAAGAUAACGAGGCACUCUGCGACCCUGCAAAGUAGAUUGUGAAAGCAUUGUAGACUGUAUAAAGAAAUCAGUUACUUCUUCCCCUUCAAUUACGCAAAAUCUAUGAUAUAUGUAAAAUGUAAGUUCACUAGAUUCACACAUAGUAAAUAUCUACCAGAGAACAAGAAAUGCAAGGUCCAUAUAUAUGUAUAGGCUAUUUGAUGAUCUUACUCAUUGUGCCCUAUGAAAUGCAGUGGUUAAUGGUUAUAUCAGUUA